UGAACGCCGACGCGGACGAGUGCACGACGCCGCCUGCUGCGUCGGACGAAGUUUACGAGCAGCUCAUACAUCUCUUACUUGAAUCCCCAUCUUAGUUCAUCAUGAAGUUUAACAUUGACGACCUUCCGAUUGUCUUCCCUUAUGACCGCAUCUACCCAGAGCAAUAUGCAUACAUGUGCGAUCUCAAGCGAACUCUGGACGCGACUGGCCAUUGCGUCCUAGAAAUGCCCUCAGGAACCGGGAAGACGGUAUCCCUCUUAUCCCUCAUUGUAUCAUACCAGCAAUUCUACCCUACAAAACGCAAGCUAAUCUACUGCUCCCGUACCGUCCCCGAGAUCGAAAAGGCCCUGGCCGAGCUGAAGCGGCUCAUGGCGUACCGCAUACAGUGCGCCGAGACGCCGGAGCAGAGGGCGAAGGAGGAGGCGUUCACGGGGCUGGGGCUGACGAGUCGGAAGAACCUGUGCAUCCACCCGGAGGUGUCGAAGGAGAAGAAGGGGGUGGUGGUCGAUGCGCGGUGUCGGGAUUUGACGAAUGCGGUAGUUUGCGAGAAGGGGAGGGCAGAUCCGGGGUCGGUGGAGCUUUGUGAAUGGCAUGAGAACCUUGGACAGCGCGAGCCUGGACAACUUAUACCACCUGGCAUCUGGACUCUGGCGGACGUGUUACAAUAUGGACGCGACAACACCAUAUGCCCCUACUUCCUGGUCCGGCGAAUGAUGCCCUUCGUCGAUGUCGUCAUCUACUCCUUCCACUACUUGCUAGAUCCCAAGGUCGCAGAUCAAGUAUCGAAAGAGCUUUCGAAGGAUGCCAUCGUCGUGUUCGACGAGGCACAUAACAUCGACAACGUCUGCAUCGAGUCCUUGAGUAUCGACUUGACGCGCCCUAUGCUUGAUUCUGCAGCAAGAAGUGUCGGGAAAUUAGGCGAGAAGAUUGAGGAGAUCAAGACCACCGACGCCGCCAAACUGCAAGACGAAUACGCCCGGCUCGUCGAGGGCCUCCAAGAAGCCUCCGACAGACCCGACGAUGCAGAUGGCUUCAUGUCAAAUCCACUUCUCCCCGAUGACCUCCUCAACGAAGCCGUCCCGGGCAACAUCCGCAAGGCGGAGCACUUCGUUGCUUUCUUGAAGCGGUUCGUGGAGUACUUGAAGACCAGAAUGCGCGUGCUGCACGUCGUGGCGGAGACGCCCUUGUCGUUUUUGCAACAUCUGAAGGACAUCACUUAUAUUGAGCGGAGGCCAUUGAGAUUCUGCGCCGAGCGACUCCAGUCACUCAUCCGGACGCUCGAACUAUCCCGCCUUGACGAGUACUCUGCGCUGCAGAAGGUCGCUUCGUUUGCAACGCUAGUCUCGACGUACGAGAGAGGCUUCAUCCUCAUCCUCGAGCCCUUCGAGACCGACAACGCUACCGUGCCCAAUCCCAUCUUCCACUUCGCCUGCCUCGACCCCUCCCUCGCCAUCCAGCCCGUCUUCGAGCGCUUCAGUAGUGUUGUUAUCACGUCCGGGACCAUCUCUCCGCUUGAUAUGUAUCCGAAGAUGCUGCAGUUUACGCCGGUGGUGCAGGAGUCGUAUCCGAUGACGCUUACGCGUAAUUCGUUCUUGCCGUUGGUCAUCACCCGCGGCAGCGACCAGGUGGCCAUCAGCUCGCGCUUCGAAGUGCGCAACGACCCUGCGGUGGUGCGCAACUUUGGGAGCAUCCUCAUCGAGUACAGCAAGAUUGUGCCCGAUGGGAUCGUGGCGUUCUUCCCGAGUUAUCUGUACAUGGAGUCGAUUGUGGCGGCAUGGAAUGAUAUGGGUAUCUUGAAUGAGGUUUGGAACCACAAGUUGAUCUUUGUGGAGACGCCCGACUCGAACGAGACAAGUAUAGCGUUGGAGAACUAUCGCAGGGCAUGCGACAAUGGCCGAGGUGCCGUCUUGUUGUCCGUAGCCCGUGGCAAGGUUUCCGAAGGCAUUGAUUUUGACCACAACUAUGGCCGCGCGGUCAUCAUGUUUGGUGUUCCAUACCAGUAUACCGAGAGCCGCAUCCUCAAAGCGCGCUUGGAAUACCUCCGCGAUGCAUACCGUAUACGCGAGUCGGAGUUCCUGUCUUUCGACGCCAUUCGCAACGCCGCGCAAUGUGUGGGACGUGUAUUGCGUGGUAAGACGGAUUGGGGUCUCAUGGUGUUCGCCGACAAGCGCUUUGGACGAUCCGACAAGCGCUCUAAGCUGCCGCGUUGGAUCAACCAGUAUAUCACGGAGACCGCGUCGAACCUGUCUACCGAUAUGGCGAUCACGCUCUCCAAGAUCUUCAUGCGCACAAUCUCGCAGAACCCCAAUGAGAACCAGACGGGAAUCUCGCUGUGGACUCUGGAAGACAUCGAGAAGGCGCAGGCGAAGCAGAAGAUGGAGUCUAUGAUGAUGGAAGUGGAAGGGCAGGAGGAUGAUGAUUAUGGGGACGGCGGGAUUACGGACAGGAUGAUGAUGGAAGUCGAUAUGACCUUGUCUUGAGAUGCUUUUGUGCGGACAUGUAUCUGAUGUGUAUCCUUGUGUG